AUGGGUAGAGGCUGGGGCUUUAGCACGAAGAUCAGUGUUUGGCUGUACAAGAUGAUUCUGCUGCCGCAGUUGAUGUACGCAGAUGUAGUUUGGAGGUCCAGGGCGAACAGGGUGGAGAUGGGGAACUGGCUCACAUGCCUAGAAGGAAAAUUCAUGAGUGCAGCCACUGCGCUCAUGAAAAGUACGCCCACGGACGCCCUUAAAAUCGCCCUCGACCUGCCUCCACUCGAUCUUUUUGUGGUGAGUAAGGCAGAAUCAACACCAUACACUUUUGUACCAGAGGGAACGGAUUCAAGCGGGAGCGGCACCAAUGUUAUGAACUGGUCCACAAACGGCUCAGGAUACAAAGACUGCUUUGGAGCAGGACUGUAUGGGCCAGGAGAAAACUACAAACGCAGUAGAUCUUUGGGAACAGCGACUACAGUAUUCCAAGCCGAAGUUCUGGCGAUCAAAAAGUGCUCAGAGCUUCUGUUGUCCCGCAUGACAACCAAAAAACAUUUAUUCGUAUGGUCAGGCAGUCAAGCCGCUAUAAAAGCUCUCCUCAAAUCCAGUGCUGACUCUAAGUUGGUCUGGGAAACCAUGGAGAGCCCGGAAAAACUAGGGACGAGCAACAAGGUAACCCUUGCCUGGGUCCCAGGUCACGAGGACAUCCAAGGCAACGAAAUGGGAGACGGGUUGGCGAAGCAAGGGGCAAUAAAUGCGGACGAGGCUACGCCAGUGGGACUCCCCCAUGACGUGGGUGUAAGCCACAUAAAGGAAAAGCUCCGGCUGGAACAAUCGGAGCAGUGGAAAGAUACAAAGAUCUGCAGGGGGACAAGGGCAAUCAUGUCUGGCCCUAGUCAGAAAAUGUCGAAACACCUACUGGCUAUGAACAGGAAAAGCGAAAUGACCACUACGAUCAGCUGCUCACAGCACAUGGCAGAUUUAAAGACUCGGAUGGGUGGUGCAGAUUCUGUAAUGAAGCAAAAGAGGACAGUCUACACAUCCUAUGUGACUGUCCGGCUCUAG